ACAAGGAGGCCAUGAUGGAGGAGCAGCAGCCUCUUAUAUCACAAGAAAAUCCCAGUAAGAAUUCUGAGGAAAAUGUCAUGUUAUCACUAAAUUAUAAAAUAGAAGAUAAAGAUGUCAAUCAAAGCUCUUUAGGAGACGAACUUGAUGGCCAUGCAAGAAUUCACAGUACAAAUGUGUCAUAUAACCCCCCUAAUCAUGAGGAACCUUCUCCUGACAUUGUUAUCACAAGUACAGAUAACUCAACUCUUGUUGCUCAUGAAAGAAGUCACACAGGAGAGAAGCCGUAUUCAUGUUCAGAAUGUGGGAAAUACUUUAUAAAUAAAUCGCAUCUUAUUACACAUGAAAGAAUUCACACAGGAAAGAAACCAUAUUCAUGUUCAGAAUGUGGGAAAUGUUUUACAGAUAAAUCAAAUCUUGUUAGACAUGAGAGGAGUCACACAGGAGAGAGGCCAUAUUCAUGUUCAGGAUGUGGGAAAUGUUUUAAACAAAAAUCAAAUCUCAUUAAACAUGAGAGAGUUCACACAGGAGAGAAGCCAUAUUUAUGUUCAGAAUGUGGGAAAUGUUUUAUAGAUAAAUCGCAUCUUUUUAGACAUAGGAGAAUUCACACAGGAGAGAAGCCAUUUUCAUGCACAAAGUGGGAAAUGGUAUACUAGUAAAGACAAACUGAAGGAGCAUCAGAGAAGUCACACAUAAGAAAAGCUAUUUUUAUGUUUUAUAUGUGGAAAAUUAGUUUUGUAAUGAAAUGAAAUUAUAUUUGUGUUAUAAUAUAGAAUAUAUAAAAUUGUGAAUAAGAAGGUUUUAACCCCAGUUAUUCACUAACAUUAUUGUUGGGGCUAAACAGUAAGGGCUUGUUUACAUGAACGUUUUUUGUGUUCCGUAUAUGGGCAGUACACGGAACCAUUCAUUUCAAUGGGUCCGCAAAAGAUGCGGACAGCACUCUGUGUGCUGUCCGCAUCUGUUGCUCCGUUC